UGUAUGAUCCUCCUUCCAUGAACCAACCAUUUAUUUUUACUCGUUCGAUCACUUGGCGUCGUGCAGUUUCGUACGAAUCAGAACUGAACGUUGGGGUAAAAGGAAUGGAAGCGUCGGCAUUCUGUGAUGUUACUAACUCGUAGCUGUAACAACGUAUGACGUUUAUUAUACGUGCAGCUGCUUGUACUAUAUCAAAAUACAGUGGCGUUUGUGAUUGAUUCGAAGAGCUAACGAUAAGCUAAAUUUCAAUUGUGCCGGAAAGAGAAUCUCUGUUCUUUAAUUUUGCGAACUAAACCAUCUGCGAGAGAAACAUGACGGAUCUAACAGGGUUACGAAUGAACGUGGCCGCUCUGAAACGGGUAGACCCCUACGUGAAGGAUAUUUUAGAGACUGCGACGCAUGUAGCACUUUAUACUUUCAACGCGGUUAAUAACGAGUGGGAGAAAACGGACAUCGCAGGUGCUUUAUUCGUAUACUCGCGAAAUGGCGAACCCUAUAACAGUGUUCUUAUCAUGAAUAGAUUAAAUACAAAUAACUUAGUGGAGCCAGUAACUCAGGGCUUGGACUUACAGCUCCAAGAGCCUUUCUUACUGUAUAGAAAUUCUAGAUGCAACAUUUAUGGCAUUUGGUUUUAUGAUAAGGAAGACUGUAUACGCAUUGGUGCAACAUUGAAUAAACUUGUCAAAGAAUCUGAAGAAAAUCGCAAAGCUUGUAGCAAACCUGCUGUUAAUGUUAAAAGAAACUCUGGCCCUAACGCAAGCAACAUUGAUAUAUUUAGUAUGCUUAGCAAAGCUCAAGAGGAUUUUAAUAUUAACAGAAGUAGCAGUAACAGUGUCGGUGGAAGUACCAGAGAGGGACCGAUUUCUAAGUCUCCUCUGGAUAUUCCUGGAACCGAUAAUAUAUCUGGACCUUUGGCUGCGCCUUUAGGUCCAGAUGUUACUUCGCAGAGUGUAAUGGACUUUUUUGCAAAGGCAAAAGUUAACACUGGGCAUUUUAAGGCUGGCGAUCAGCCCACUCCAGUUGCAACUGAAGGUAAACCUUUGCUUGCCAGAUUAAUGUCACACCCAGCAGCUCAUACAGUAGAAAAUAUCGAGAAACAGCAUAGAUCUAUAACUCCGCAACCAGCUACUCAACAGCAAUCUCAAACGACUCCGACUGCUAUAAUGACUGUUAACAACGCUGCUAGUAAUUCAGCUACAAACAGAUCUAAAAGGCGGAAUAAAACGACUCCUCAGCAAGACUCAAUAAUAUCUACUCCUGCACCUACGACACAAGAAGUUUCAUCAUCUAUAAAUCAGAGUACUGCAGACACUAAUGGUACAACGGGAUUCCUUAGGAUACAGUCACCAUCGAGCGCGCCGUCUUCUAAUUCAACGAGUCAACCGGUCUCAGAUAUUAUUGGUUCUAGUAACUCGAAUCCACUUGCAUCGUUGUUCGCUCACGCUUCCGCAUCGGCAUCAGAAGAUAUUAUUACGGGAACUUUAUCGGGAAGAGGAUCAGCACCGGCAUUAAUUCCCCCCGUUAUGUUCGCUGCUCCCAGUCCACCUGAACCCUUAAACAGACCCAUAGAACCACUGACAAGAAAUCAGCUUCUUCAGGCUUUUAAUUAUCUGUUAAGAAGUGACCCGGAUUUUAUCAACAAACUCCACGAAGCUUACGUUAAAUCAUUUGGCGAAAUACUAUCUUAAAACCACGAGUUUUUACCUGGAAACACACAAAUCCUGCUCGAAUAUUCAAUUUAACUUGACUGGAAGCCCAAUCCAUUGGGAAGAACAAAUUGUAGAUACAAAAGAGGGUGAUACAUACCUUAAGCAGUAUUUUUAUAAGCUAUUAUACUUUUCCCCGAGAGAAGAGUGUGGAAGGACCGUGGAUGAGUAAAGAGGUAUGAGCCAAAUGAAAAUUGCUAAAGGAAGUAUGAGAGUGGGAAACGUGAAUUUUACGAUUUUAAACUGUGAUGUCAAAACAUUUAUAUUAAUCAUAACAUUUUAUGGUUACUAUUUCGAAACGGAGCAAGACAAAUUUUCUGAGCCGAUCAAAUAAAUUACCUAUUUUACAAAAUAAUGACAUACCCUUCCUGUAAUAUCGGGUAUCGAUAUGGCAUGUGUAUGUAACUGAUGAAAGGAAAAAAUAAAUAGAGACCGAUUACUGAAAAAA